UCUUACGGUGAAUGGCAUGACAAGGCAGCUUAUUUCGCAGAUAGUUAGCUAUCUGAUUCUUGAGCAGAGUUAGUAGUAUUCUUUUCCUUCAGGAGUUCAGAGUUGACAAGAAGAAGUAGGGAUCUUUGCUGUUUGGCAUGUUCAUUACAGAACUAGACGUGGACCAAAGCAAAACAUCUAGGAAAACACUGAAAUCUGCUGAUUACAAAAUGGAGGUUUAUAGGAAGAUGGGGUUUAAUAUAUAUAAUCAGUAAUCACACCCUGGCAGGUUACUGUCAUUGUUGAAACAGUUGACUAACCAAACAUUUUCUGAAUAAGAUUUAGUUUAGAUAUCUUAUAUAAUUCCCCAAAUGUCUUAUUGAGAUCUGGUAGCUUUUCAAGUCUCUAUGAGUAUUUCACUAACUGAAAGAAGUGGAACUCAAGAAGUAGCUCUAUAUAUGUAACAUCUCUCCAUUUUAUGUUGCUGUACUUGGUAAUCCAACUAGUCAUGUACCUGACAAGAUCUCCAUAUAUUAAUCUGUAAAAUUGAAACCUUUUAACCAUCUGCCCGGCAGGAAAAUCAUUCAACUACUGAAUUUUGAAAAUAAGGCAUCAAAAUUCAUUAUGGUGUGGAUCGUGUUAUCUUGAGUCCCUACCUUUUGGGGUUCACUUGGAUGAGUGGUGCACCUUUGUCUUUGUUUUUUUUUUUUGAAUUUUCUGUUGAACCUCUUGUUAUCUGAUGCCUAGCUAUUCCCAUAAGUCCCCGUUGCAUUUAUUGUAUGUAAUUAAUCUGCAUUCUUCCUUAUGUACUGACUGUCAAAAACUGCUUACUGUUGGGUAUAAUGGAAGAUCUCUUUAGUCGAAAUAACAUCUGAGGUACUGUAAAGUCUCUGAUUUAGCGUGUUAGAUUUGGUGAGAGAUUGAUUAAAAGGCUCUCAAUACUAGGCUUCUCCAAACAUGUAGGAUCCACCACCUUAAAGCUAAAAGGACCCCCAACCCCCAACAAAACACAAAACUUUGCACUGUUCCCUCAUGAUUUCAUGGAAAGCCAAGGUUAUAAAGGAGUGCAUAAAGAACCUACAGAAAAUAAAACUACAAUUAGAAUUUCAUCUUUAACGCAAGCCUCCCUCCAGAAUAAUUUUUACCCCUUUGUAUAGGUUGCUAAACUGCUUUCUAUGAACCAAUUUGAUCGAUACUUCUGAAGAUAUUAAUACAUACAAGUCCUCUCGAACUAUAUUUUCUUCUAGCUCAAACUUUCCAGAAGAAAAAAACAUAUUGGUCUCCAUGUCAGCCGAUGAUAAUGCAACCGGCCUUCGUGUUGCAUCAUUUUCCUGUUACCUCAGCAACCCUGAGGAGAGCUUUGUACACAAACUUAAUGGGGGUGCAGUUGAGCCUCCUUUUAUUUCACCCCCUGAGACACCAUUUUCUGUAACUAAAGUAAAAGCUGCCAAGGCGGCUACUGCAAAGUCAUCCUCUAACAGCACCAAAGAUAACCUCGCCAAUCUUCGCGUGGAGUCUUUCUCUUCUUAUCUCAAAACUGGGGAAGACAACUUCGCUUUGAAGGCUUCAGGAGCUCCAGUCCGAGAUCCUACUAUUGCUUUUGUAUUUCCUCAACAGCCUUCGUAUCGUAAUGCAAAUCAACUGGAACAAAGCAAGUCCAAAGAUGGAGAGAUUAGCAUAUUUGGGGCUGACAAGUACUUCAACAUGCAACUGGAGUAUGGAGCUGCCUCCUCUCCAGCUGGGGUGAAGUAUAGGGGCCGGAGACUAAACGAAGGAACAGUAGAUCUGCCCCAUCUGAAGAACGAUUCCCGGUCAGGAACUCCUAGCAUUUGUUCUGAGUCGAGCAGCUGGAAUAGCCAUAAUGCCCUGUUACAAAAUCUUCCGCGAAAUGUGUAUCAGACAAAGCAGAAGAAGAUGACAAGAAUGAGAUUUUUGCCCACUUUCAGCUGCCAAGGCCCUUGUUUGGACAAGAAAGCAGUCUAUGUGAAUGAAAGCAUGGGACUUAGAUUUUCCCAGCCAGGAUCAAAGCAUGGAGGAAUGAGUCCUUUCGCGUUGACUUCUGGCCCUUGCAAAUCAGAGGUUCAACAACACUGGAAUGAUCAUAAUCUAAGCAUAGAAGAACAAAGAAAGUCGUUGGAAGUGUUUGGCUCUGGCAAAAUGAGAAAAGGAGAUAUAGCGGUGAACUUAGAGAGGAAACUCUCCAUGUUAACUUGGGAUGCCAUUCCUAAGGCCCCAAACCUCCCUACAACCACCAAUGGAAGCAGCACGGCCUGUGAUGACAUAGCUAGCGAUGCUAGCUCUGAUUUAUUCGAAAUCGAGAAUAUAUCCAGCGGUGAAUAUGGACUUGUCAAUACACAAACAUCAGGUGAUUAUAUGUCUAGCAGCUGCAUGUCUCCAACAACUCAGUAUGCACCAAGCGAGGCCAGCAUUGAGUGGAGCGUUGUCACAGCCAGUGCUGCUGAUUACUCGUCGAUUAUCUCAGAUUAUGAUGAGAAGAACUUUGGCUUUGGUGAUUACACAAGUUCAAGAAACGCAGCCAACAAAACCAAGAAUCCUGUAGGCAAAGACGAGGUGCAUAAAACUCACCCCGGUACGGGACUUUUAGGUUGCAAGAGCCAAAAAGCAGUGAAUGUGGCUGAAAGUACUGUGCAUAAGACUUGUGAGAGAGCAAAACAAAGAUGAAUUUUCCUCUUAGUUCAGUAAAUUUGUGAGAAUAAUAUUUUCUUAUUGUAAAAAAGAGUGUAAAACUUAAUGGUUUGGUUGGACUUGUACUUUGUACAAUCAUAGCUUAAUCAGUAUCUUCUUGUCUUUAAUAAAAGAAAAUGUUUGUAUUAUUGUA